AUAUUCACUUUCAUGAUUCAAAACUCGCAAAUCCCUAGUCUGAAAACGUAAAGCAUUGCAAAACCAAAACUCACCCAAUUUACACCAUGAGGAAAACCCUGCUGAAACCCCUCUACCCCAUCAGAAUCUGCAGACCUCAUUCAUCCCCCAUCAAUGGCGGAACAGCGACUCACACUCACCACCCACUUCAUAACCCAUCAAUCCCCGACCCGAACCCACUUCCACUCUCUAACUCCAGGUGGGUUUUCACCACAACCGCACCCCCACCGCCGGAAUGGGUCGAACCCAUCAACGACACCUCCGACCUCAUCUCACCGAACCCCAAACCCUCCCCAUGGGUUGACCAAAUCUUCAAUCUUUUAAACGACGACGUUUCAUCUCAAAUGGAACCCAAAUUGGAUUCCUUUUGCCGCAACUGGUUCAUCAGAUUAUCACCCAAUUUCGUCUGUUACAUUCUUUCUUCGGGUCGGGUCAAAACCCGCCCCGAAUUGGCCUUCCGGUUUUUCAAUUGGGCAGGUAGUCAAAAGGGUGGUGGGUGCAAUUAUUCUCAUAAUCUUGAAUGCUAUGCUUUAUUGAUUGAUGUUUUAUCUGGUUCUAAAGAUGUUGAUAGGGUUAAGUGUGUGUUUAAUGAGGUUAAAAACAGGGGGUUUGUUAUGAGCAUAAAGUGUGCAAAUUUGUUGAUAAAAUCAUUUGGGAAUCUUGGUAUGGUUGAAGAAUUGUUGUGGGUAUGGAAGGAAAUGAAGGAACAUGAAAUCGAUCCGAGCUUGUUUACGUUUAAUUUUUUGAUUAAUGGGCUGGUUAAUUCGAUGUUUAUGGAAUCUGCUGAACAGGUUUUGGAAGUUAUGGAGGCCGGGUUGGUUAAACCCGACGCCGUAACGUAUAAUACGAUGAUCAAAGGGUACUGUAAAUGUGGGAAAACGAAGAGCGCGUUUGAGAAGUUUAAGAGAAUGGAAGAGAUGAACAUAGAGCCUGAUAAGAUUAGUUAUAUGACUUUGAUCCAAGCUUUUUACUCGGAUUGUGAUUAUGAUUAUUGUUUGAAACUUUAUAAUGAAAUGGAGGAAAAGAAGCUUGAGAUACCGCCACAUGCUUAUAGUUUAGUGAUUGGUGGUCUUUGUAAAGAUGGGAAGCCGAUGGAAGGUUAUACGUUGUUUGAAAGUAUGAUUCAAAAGGCCGGUAAAGCUAAUGUUGCAAUGUAUACUGCUUUAAUGGAUGCGUAUGCAAAAGCCGGGCACAUAGAUCAGGUGAUUAGGCUUUUCGAGAGGAUGAAUAAUGACGGUUUUAGCCCCGAUGUGGUUACGUAUGGUGUUAUCGUGAACGUUUUAUGCAAAACCGGGAGACUAGAAGAGGCGUUAAACUAUUUUGAGUUGUGUAAGGAGAAUAAAGUUGCGGUUAACGCAAUGUUUUAUUCGAGUCUUAUAGACGGAUUUGGAAAAGCCGGGAGAUUGGACGAGGCCGAGAAGCUUUUUGAAGAAAUGGUUAAUGAUGGAUGUAGUCGGGAUUCGUAUUGCUACAAUGCACUUAUCGACGCGUUGGUGAAAAACGAUAAGGUUGAUGAAGCAUUGGCGCUUUUUAAUAGGAUGGAAAUAGACGGUUGUGAUCAAACGGUGUAUACAUACACAAUCAUAAUGAGCGGUUUAUUUAACAAACAUCGAAACGAAGAAGCGUUAAAGAUUUGGGAUAUGAUGAUUGAUAAGGGAAUAACUCCCACGCCUGCUUCUUUUCGGGUUCUUUCAACCGGGCUUUGCCUUUCGGGUAAAGUGUCACGAGCGUGUAAGAUUUUGGAUGCGUUGGCACCAAUGGGGGUGGUUAUAGACACGGCAUGUGAAGAUAUGAUUAAUGUUUUGGUCAAAGCGGGUCGUGUGGAGCAAGCGUGUAAAUUGGCUGAUGGGAUUGUGGAAAGGGGUCGAGAGAUACCUGGGAGGGUUCGUACGGUUUUGAUCAAAGCUUUGAGGAAAUCCGGGAAUUCAGAGAUGGCAAUGAAACUGAUGCAUAGUAAAAUUGGGAUUGGAUAUGAUAGGAAGGGCAGUGUGAAGAAGCGAGUGAAGUUUCGCGUGCUCGUUGACAAGUGAGAUUGUUUCAAAGGGUAUUUUUGUAACUUUGUAGAUCGCAAUCUUGCAGUGUUUGGAUAGCAGUUGCUGAAGCUAGUUAGUUACCUUGGCCGAUUGAUUUGAUUUGAGUAUAUGACCUGCAUAUGGUGCAGUAAUUGGAGCUUGGUUUGGGUCCUGGCUCAUGGAACUUGACUUGGAAAGCAUGUGGCAAUACUAUUCCAUUGAAAACCACCGCCAUUGAUAUGUUCAUCCAUGUUACUUUCGUUUGCAUUGUGUUAGCAUUUACUUUUGAGGGCAAUAAUCUUGGCCGAGACGAAAAGCAAGUGGGCUCCUCAUCAACUAUUUGAAGACCUCCAACAUGCUUCACACUCAAAAAUUAUCUCACGGGUCGAUAAAGGAUUGUCUUUUUGUUCCACCACCAGUGAGAGAUCCAAGUGUCGGUUACUGAAUACUUCAAAGUAUAAGGUUUUCUGUUAUUGAGGUCAUAAAUUUGUUUGAUAGAUUAGUGAUAUCAAUUAAUAAUAUUUAAAGUUGGCGAAUUAGAAAUAGAUAAUCUCACCUAACUCAAUUUAGCUGAUAAUAAUUCCAAGUCAGUUAUUGGUCGAUGAUAAUCCGAACUGGUCAAUUUUUUUUGUAAAAUAGUCCGCCGUUAAAAUAGCUUAAAGGAGUUAAGUUUUUUUCCGAAUUACAAACCAAUGUUUUAGGGCUUUUGAUUAGAACGAGGAUACGAGUCGAUUGAUGUAAAACUUACAUUGAAAUUGUGCUCGGUUGUCACACACACAUUGUUUUUCUCUAUAAAGAACAAUUACAUAUUCUCAUGUCGAAGCCUAGUUAAGAAAAUAACUCCCUUAUCCUCUUAAUGAACUAACAAGGUUCUUAGUUUUGUAGAUCACAUUCAAGACGAUUCCAACCAUAUCGACUGUAGAAGAGAUUAGAAAAAUAACCCUCUGUCGAAAUACCAACUUAGGCUUUGUCCCCUGCGGAUUACCCCCAGACUCAGUCUUGCUGGGUGGCGGUCUGCGAGGUGGGAUCACUUCGGCGGUUGGGAGGACCGUGGAAUAUCCCCCCCCCCC